AAGAGCGAAAGAUAGUGAGCUGGCCUCAUGCUGGCUGGAAACGUGCCCUGUUCAGGUAACGGCAGAGCACCUUGCGCUUGCCUCCUGAAUCACAGCAGCACAGUAUAAAAGCCAGAGGCAGCAGUGGACAGGAUGAGAGAUCUCCAUCAGGAUAACUGAGACUCACGGAGCUGCUGCUUCACCGCACACUCAAACAGCUACGAACACUUCAACGAUUAUCACUGAUUAUUUAUCAAAAAGGGAUGAAGAGCAUCAACUUUUUUACCGACUUACUGCUUCUAUUCAUAGCCAGUGACGCGAGCGCUUGGAUUAUCAGAAAUGCUACUGAAACGCUCACCGGAACCAAUAUCACUAUCAAUAAAUCGGAAACGAGGACUGACGGAUUAGCAUCCAUGCCCAAAUCAAGGCGAAAACGGUACAUUUCGCAAAGUGACAUGAUAGCUAUUCUGGACUAUCACAACAAGGUGCGAGCGAAUGUUUUCCCACCUGCAGCCAACAUGGAGUACAUGGUUUGGGAUGAAGGCCUGGCCAGGUCAGCAGAAGCUUGGGCAGCCACGUGUAUUUGGGAACAUGGACCUCCUUACCUUCUCCGAUAUCUGGGUCAAAACCUCUCAGUCCGAACUGGCAAUUACCGCUCCAUUCUUCAGCUGGUUAAACCUUGGUAUGAUGAGGUCAGAGAUUAUGUGUUUCCAUACCCACAUGACUGCAAUCCUCGCUGCCCGAUGCGCUGUUACGGACCCAUGUGCACACAUUACACACAAAUGGUGUGGGCGUCAUCAAACAGAGUUGGAUGUGCCAUCCAAACCUGUUACAAUAUGGUAGUGUGGGGUGCUGUGUGGAGGGAGGCAACAUACUUGGUCUGCAAUUAUUCUCCAAAGGGCAACUGGAUUGGUGAGGCACCUUACAGAGUUGGUGUGCCUUGCUCAGCCUGUCCUCCAAGCUACGGAGGUUCAUGCAGCAACAACAUGUGCUAUCCUGCCAUCAACUCAAACUUCAUGUACUGGUUUAAAUAAGCUGUCUGUCAUAUGUCUAAAGGAAUAGUUCAACCAAAAAUGAAAAAUCAGGCCAAUCCGAGAUUUAGAUGAGUUUGUUUCUUCCUCAGAACAGAUUUGGAGAAAUUUAGCAUUACAUCACUUGCUUACCAAUGGAUCCCCUGUAGCGAAUGG